UGUUUUGGAUUUUAGUAUGUCAUAGGAUUUGUUGACAAUAAGAAAAAUAUAGAAGUAUAUCAGCCUCAUCCUCUUACAUAUCAGUGGGAAAAAGGCUCAUCAGGCUACAAAGUCCUCAGUCUGUGUGAGAGGCUAAAAGCAGCACCUUCUCUGACCAAACUAAAUGUAUUUUUUCACAGGAUUUUUGCAAACUGUCUUCAACUAAUCUGCGUUUGUUUGUGAUCUUGGUUUGAAUGUUUUGUGUCAUGCACUCACCGCAGGUUAAAACUGUGACUUUGUGCUGUUGCACAUCCAUGACUUGAAUUUACUCUGUUGAGUGACGUCACUCCUGGAAAACCUUUUGGAGCUUAAAUACUGUCUCAUUUUCUGACGAUACGAAUGACUAUUGAGCUUCUGUUAUUUCUUUUUUUUUAGAAUUAUUGUGUUUCUUGAACUGGGAAAUGGAGAAUGUAUUAAUAAUCUGAUUAUUUUGUGCAAUCAAAGAACAUAAUGUGUAUCCAUGACUGUUUGAUUUCAGUGUUUCUAAUAAACAAUCUAAUACCACAGACACACAAAUGUUUACUCAAAACCCCCCAAAGUGCCAGAUGUACCAAGGUUAAAAAAAAGGUGUGCUCUUUGUGCUUUGAUAUGGAAUAUAUGUUGAGGGCAAUGGAGGUAAGCACACAUCUAAGACCACAGCAAACGAAAGCAGGAAGUGAGGUAUACCUGACGUCCUUUACUUUGAUAUCAACAGCAGACCUACAGUGAUAGUAGUUUGACAGAAGUGGAUAGCUGGUUCUUGAAGUGUUUCCACCAUGAGACCAAUCUACCGUCUGAACAUCUUUCAAGUGUCCAUCUUAGCAGCGCUCUUCCUCAGGUUGGAAGCUGGUAGUGAAAAUCCAGACUGUGAAGUUAAUGUUAAAGUGCGCCGACACACAGUUUAUGAAUCUCUCCCUGGAGAAGACCUCAGGAUUAACUGCACUGUUACGUUCUGCAAAAACUCACCACCAACAGUCACCUGGUAUAAGCGAGAGAUAAUGGACGUCCCUGUCAAUUUUACCAGGAGCAGUCACAUGACAACAGAGUGGGAACUUUUAAACCAUUCAGAAGGGAUAUCGUUUUUAAUCUUCCACAAAACCCUCGUACACGACACGGGUGUGUAUCAGUGUCGAAGUGGAGGUGGCGUGGGUCAUAACAUCAAGGUCUUUGUCCUGGAUGUCAAACUCACCACAGGUACACGGACAACUUUGGAACCAGAGAGUCCCGCAGCUCAGGACACUUUCUGGCCAUAUGUGUACCGUGUUGUCGGGAUCAUGGCGUUUGUCAUCAUAGUUGUAGCUAUAUAUGUUGGAUCAAGAUGUGGAUGUAAAGGAAAAUCCAGGGACACAAGAGAUCUGAACCACCAGCCCUCCCGUGAUGCUGCCACCACUCAUAUCUAAACAAUCAGUCGUCCUGAUGCCUGUGCCUUGAGAUCAAUCUGUGAAGUCAAAAUGAUUCAUAUCACAGCUUGGCUUUGGUUUCAUGUAUAAGUAAUACACUUUGUGAAUUAUUGAUUUGGUUUUCAUGGCCUUAAAAUAAUGAAAUCCUUUUUAACAUUAACAAAAAUAUAAUCUGUGUCUUCAGAAUGAUGUGUUUACUGCCAUGGAUAUCGUUAAAUAUUACUGCUAACUCCGCUUUGUGCUUCUGAC